AUGUCUACCCACGAGUAUCAUCAACGCCUUUCGCCUCGCGGCAAAAAUGGAAGCAUCCGCAUGAUUGAAGACUAUUCGGAUCCGUUGCUCAUUACUCCCGUGGUAGAAGAGCAAGUUCGAGCCUUCUCUGCUGAUGCUGAAACUACCAGCCCCGAGCCCAGAACCAGGACGAAUACGCAAGAGUUUGCCAAUCUGGCGAAUGCUUCUGCUACGAGCCGGUUUUCAUUGCAAGUUCCGUUCCUUGGGUCGUCCUGGAGAAACCCAUUAUCAUCCCCUACGAAGAACAACAUUAAGGGAAAGAAGGAUUGUUGA